GGCUCUCCGAAACAACCACCAACGCAACCGCAAACCACCGUCGCUCAUCCUCCCUCGUCACCUCCCCGAUCCCCGAUCCCCGAUCCCUACGCUCCUGCGCACGCGCGCAAGCCGACAAUAAUAAUGGUGCUCCGUCGCUCCCGUCGCAUCGCCCUCGUCUCCUCUCUCCUGGGCCUCUUCCUCCUCUACCACUUCGUCUCGCUCCGCCCGGAGCUCUACACCCGCACCUAUGACGCGACCGCCGCCGCCGCCGGUCACCACCGCACCGGCUCCGCCAGCGAAACCGCCGAAUGCCCCGUCCUCCCCGGCAUGGAAGACGUGCUGGUGGUGAUGAAAACAGGGGUGACCGAAUCCCUCGACAAAGUGCCGGUGCACUUCCAGACCACGCUGCGCUGCGUGCCGAACUACAUCAUCUUCUCGGACUUCGAGGAGGAGAUCCAGGGCGUCAAGAUCCACGACGCCCUCCGCACCAUGGACACCGUCGUGAAGGAAACGGUCGCCGACUUCGACCUCUACAACCGGCUGCGCGAGCAGGGCCGCGCCGGCCUCGACAACUCCGACUUCGCCGACGAGGCCAACUCCAACAUCGGCAAGCCCAACAACCCGGGCUGGAAACUCGAUAAAUGGAAAUUCCUCCCCAUGGUCCAGCAGGCCCUCCUCCACAAGGACAACGCCAAAUGGUACGUCUUCAUGGAGGCGGACACCUACUUCUCCUGGCCCACCCUCCUCGAAUGGCUAGCCCACUUCGACCCCAGAGAACCUCACUACAUCGGCACCGAGACCCAGAUCGCAGAUGUCAUCUUCGCUCACGGCGGCUCCGGCUUCAUCGUCUCCAACCCCGCCAUGCAGCUCGCCACAAACGAGUACGCGACCCGCACCAUCGAGCUGAACGAAUACACCGACUGGCACUGGGCCGGCGACUGCGUCCUCGGUAAGGUCCUCGCCGACGCCGGCGUCAGCCUGCACUACUCGUGGCCGAUUCUCCAGAAUUCCAACGUCGGCGAGCUCGACGAGUUCGCCAAGGGCUUCUACCGCAACCCGUGGUGCUUCCCCGCCGUCGCUUUCCACCAUCUCAGCAAGCGCGAGAUCCAAGAUCUGUACGCCUUCGAGAAACGCAGAAGACAAGAGACGGACAACCCCAUCCUCCUUCACCGCGACGUCUUCAAAGAACUCAUCUACCCCGAACUCUCCAACGUGCGCGACAGCUGGGACAACCUCUCCGACCAGGAAAACCCCGCCAUCACCACCUUCCACGAAUGCCAGACCCUCUGCGCCGCCACCCGCCACUGCGCCCAGUUCGUCAUCCGCGACGGCGUCUGCUUCACCGGCGAGACCCCCCGGCUGGGAACGAGUAACCCCGCUGCUCGUUCGGGUUGGGUGCUCAGCACGAUCGAGAAUAUGAUUGAUCAUGCGCCGCGCUGCUCGAAGCCCGAUUUCGGGUUGAGGUGAUUCUUUUUCUUUCUGUCUCUCUGAAUCGGGUUCGGGUACGGAUUCGGAGGAGAGUCUGGGUCUGGGUCAGGGUCUGGAUUCCAAUUCGGAUUUUUGAUAUUCGUCGGUAUGGUAUUGAUAUGGUUUUCAUUGAUGUUCGCGGGACGAGGCAUUCGUUACUUUCUUUCUUCCUUCUUUCUUUCUUCUUUCUUCUUUUGAUUCGAUUCUACAUGUUCGCUUCUAAAAGGGUAUGUUUGUUUUUGUAUUAGUAUAGAUUUUA